AUGGCAAAUCCCUCAGAACCCGCCAGCGAUGGCAAAGGUCGCCUUCUGCUCGUCUCCAACCGUCUUCCCAUCACCAUCAAGCGUUCCGACGAUGCUACGUACGACUUCUCAAUGUCCUCCGGCGGUCUAGUCAGUGGCCUGUCGGGUCUCGCAAAGACCACCAAGUUCCAGUGGUAUGGCUGGCCUGGUAUUCAGGUUCCCCAGAACGAAAUUGGCCUGGUCAAGGACAGACUAUGGAAGGAGUAUGGCGCAGUCCCCAUCUUCAUGGACGAUGAAUUGGCCGACAGACAUUACAACGGCUUCUCUAACUCAAUCCUGUGGCCCCUCUUCCAUUACCACCCUGGUGAGAUCACCUUCGAUGAGUCCGCAUGGAAUGCCUACCGCGAGGCCAACCGCCUGUUCGCAAAGGAGAUCGCAAAGGACGUACAAGACAACGACCUCAUCUGGGUUCACGACUACCAUCUCAUGCUUCUGCCCGCCAUGCUUCGUGAAGAGAUCGGCGACUCCAAGCGCAACGUGAAGUUCGGUUUCUUCCUCCACACACCCUUCCCCAGUAGUGAGAUCUACAGGAUCUUGCCUGUCCGUAACGAGAUCCUGAACGGUGUCCUACACUGUGACUUGGUCGGAUUCCACACCUAUGAUUACGCUAGACACUUCCUCAGCAGUUGUUCAAGAAUCCUCCAAUUGCCCACAACACCCAACACCGUCGAAUUCCAGGGCAAGGUCGUUACCGUCGGCGCUUUCCCCAUUGGUAUUGACCCUGAAAAGUUUGAGGAGGGACUCAAGAAGCCCAAGGUUGUGGAGCGCAUCCAGACGCUUGAGAAGAAGUUCCAAGGUGUAAAGUUGAUUGUCGGUGUUGACCGUCUCGACUACAUCAAGGGUGUACCUCAGAAGCUGCACGCUCUUGAAGUCUUCCUGACAGAACACCCCGAGUGGAUUGGCAAGGUCGUUUUGGUCCAAGUCGCCGUUCCCUCCAGACAAGAUGUCGAAGAGUACCAGAAUCUGCGCGCCGUCGUCAAUGAACUGGUCGGCAGAAUCAACGGCAAAUUCGGAACCAUCGAAUUCAUGCCCAUUCACUUCAUGCACAAGUCGGUCUCUUUCGAUGAGCUAAUCGCACUUUACGCUGUCAGUGAUGUCUGCCUUGUCUCGUCGACCCGUGACGGCAUGAACCUCGUCUCUUACGAGUACAUCGCAACUCAGCAAAAGCGUCACGGCUCCAUGAUCUUGUCUGAAUUCACCGGCGCAGCUCAGAGUCUCAACGGCAGCAUCAUUGUCAACCCCUGGAACACUGAGGAGCUCGCCGAUGCCAUUCACGAUGCUGUCACCAUGGGUGAUGAGCAAAGAAGCAUCAACUACCAGAAACUUGCCAAAUACGUCAACAAGUACACCAGUGCUUGGUGGGGUGAGUCUUUCGUCAACGAACUUACCAGAAUCUCCGAGCAGGCCGACAAGAAGAUCAAGGUCAAGCAAUCUGCACUCGGCGGCAAGGAAGUGGAAGAGACCACACACGACAACACUUCUGCUCCAGACAAUGAGGAGGCUGGUUCUGGUGUAAACUCGGGCGUCAACUCUGGUCCUUCGACUCCGAAGAGACCUGACGCUAGAGAGGUACAACCACUGUUUGAAUAG